AUUCUGAAGCAGUUUGUUGGCCAUUCUACUUGAUGAGCUGGUUUUCUGUAGACCUGGCCUCACAUUUCCUUGACACUGCAGGGCCAAGUGACAAGAGAUCACCUCUGCUGCACAGAAGGGAGCCAACAUGCAGGAUUCAAAUGAAGAUACUGAAUGGAAUGACAUACUGAGAGAUUUUGGGAUUCUGCCCCCCAAAAAAGAGGUUAAGGAUGAAACUGAAGAAAUGGUUUUGCGUUUACAGAAAGAAGCAGAAGUGAAGCCAUAUGAAAGAAUGAAUCUGAAGGAGCUCAAAGAAGCUGAAGAUGAAUUUGACGAAGAAGACAUGAAAGCUAUUGAAAUGUACAGGAAACAACGUUUAGAAGAAUUAAAAUCUCUACAGAAGAGACAAAGAUAUGGAGAACUUUUAGAAAUUUCUGGAGAACAGUACGUGAAAGAAAUUACAGAUGCACCAAAAGGUGUAUGGGUUGUCAUCCAUCUCUAUGGAUCAAGCAUCCCGAUGUGUUUUGUAAUUAAUAGACACCUUAGUCUACUGGCCAGAAAGUUUCCUGAAACCAAAAUUAUAAAAGCCAUUGCCAGCAGUUGCAUUGAAAAUUACUCUGACAGUUGCUUACCUACAUUAAUUGUGUAUGAAAAUGGAGAAAUUAAAGGCAAGUUCAUUGGAGCUGCAGAAUGUGGAGGACCAAAUGUUACAGUUGAAGAACUUGAAUGGAAGCUGGCAGAGCUUGGUGCUGUAAAAACUGAUUUAGAAGAAAACCCCAAGAAGAAGGUUGUGGAUAUGAUGACAUCUUCACUCAGACAUAUGUCCAUGAACGACAGUUGGGCAAUGGCGAACAGGGCUUGUGAAGAGAAAAACUGAAGAAACUGGAAAAAUACACAAAGAAAGCCCUUGACAGUCCUCUAUUUAUAUUUGGUCAAAUUAUACUUAACCAACCCUUCUUAAAGUCCAAAUGGAGACUUCAGAAAUCAACAAAACCAUAAUAACAACACAGAAAUACAGAAGAUCAGUCAAUAAAGAAAUUUUUGCCUGAAUGCAGUUG